AUGCGUGAGAUAGUGUAUCUGCAAGCAGGCCAAUGCGGAAACCAGAUCGGCGCGAAGUUCUGGGAGAUAAUCUCAGAUGAGCAUGGCAUAGACCCCACUGGAAUCUACCGUGGCGACGCCAACGUCCAGUUGGAGCGCGUAAAUGUAUAUUUUAAUGAGGUCGCUGGAUCAUCAGCCAAAUAUGUUCCGCGAGCCAUCCUUGUGGAUUUGGAGCCCGGGACGAUGGACGCUGUGCGUUCAGGACGAUUAGGACAAAUGUUCAGACAAGACAACUUUGUGUUUGGCCAGAGUGGUGCUGGCAACAACUGGGCAAAAGGUCAUUACACUGAAGGGGCAGAAUUGGUGGACACGGUUCUUGAUGUUGUUCGCAAGGAAGCAGAAAGCUGUGACUCACUGCAAGGUUUUCAACUUAGCCAUUCUCUCGGUGGAGGCACUGGAUCAGGCCUGGGCACUCUCAUUAUCUCUAAAAUCCGCGAAGAGUACCCUGACCGCAUCAUGAACACAUUUAGUGUAGUCCCCUCACCAAAGGUUUCAGACACUGUAGUUGAGCCUUACAAUGCGACCCUUUCUGUGGACCAGCUGGUGGAAUAUGCUGAUGAAAGUUUCUUAAUUGAUAAUGAGGCUCUUUAUGACAUAUCCUUCAGAACCCUCAAGCUCACCACUCCUACAUACGGCGAUCUCAACCACCUAGUUUCGACAACGAUGUCUGGUGUCACAACUUGUCUGAGGUUCCCUGGCCAACUGAAUGCCGACCUGCGUAAACUGGCUGUCAACAUGGUUCCCUUUCCACGCCUCCACUUCUUCAUGCCUGGCUUCGCCCCACUGACUUCACGUGGCAGCCAGCAGUACAGAGCACUGACUGUGCCGGAACUGACACAGCAGAUGUUUGACGCAAAGAACAUGAUGGUUGCCUGUGAUCCGCGCCACGGCCGCUACCUCACAGUUGCUGUUGUUUUCAGGGGCCGAAUGAGUACGCGAGAAGUUGACGAGCAGAUGCUCAACGUGCAGAACAAGAACUCUAGCUACUUCGUAGAAUGGAUCCCAAACAAUGUCAAGAUUGCAGUGUGCGACAUUCCACCCCGUGGUCUCAAGAUGUCUGCAACAUUCAUUGGCAACAGCACUGCCAUCCAGGAGUUGUUCAAGAGAAUCUCCGAACAGUUCAAUGCCAUGUUCCGUCGCAAGGCCUUCCUUCACUGGUACACCGGGGAAGGAAUGGACAAGAUGGAGUUCACAGAGGCCGAAUCAAAGAUGAACGACCUCGUGUCUGAGUACCAGCAGUACCAGGAGGCAGCACCCGAUGACGAGGGAGAGUUUGAUGAUGAAGAGGAUGAUGCAGUGGAAUAAGCCUUUUUUUUUCUUCUCUUUUUUAGCUUGGUGGUUUUUCUUGUUACUUCAAAUAAAGUGUCUAUUUAA